GUAAGUUUUGGUUACGUUGUCAAUACAAUUAAAAAUUUGAACAAAAUCGCCAAUUGUACUUAAUAAUAUUUAGAACAAUACGGGUUCUUUUUUCGGCAUCGGGGGAAAAAUAUUUCGGGCGUUGAAAAGCAAAAUAAAUAUGGCUAUGAUGAUUGGAAAGCAACUCAACCGCUUGUCUGGACCAUGCAAGAUCGCUCCAGCGAUGGUUAAUCACUACUUCACCAGCACCAAAGAAAUCACACAUCCAUUACAAAGGAAGCCAAAUAUUGUAAGUGAGGAGGAAGCAGUGGCCUGUAUAAAAUCGGGUGAUACUGUGUUCGCCUCUGGUGCUGCUGCCACCCCUAUUGAUUUGUUAAAGGCCAUGACAAAGCACGGUAGACAAAAUAAACUCACAGAUGUUACCGUGUGUCAUAUGCACACCGAAGGCCCUGCCGAUUACUGUAAUCUAGAGAACAAGGAUAUAUUUCGUUCAAACUCCUUUUUCAUGGGAGGCAAUGUGCGAAAGGCCGUUGCCGAGGGUCGAGGUGACAAUUUGUCGAUUUUCUUGCAUGAAAUACCCUAUCUUUUCUACAGAGGUAUCGUACAACCCGAUGUCGCAAUAGUCCACGUCUCACCUCCAGACCGUCAUGGCUUCUGUUCACUGGGCACCAGUGUAGAUUGUGUGCGUGCAGCCGCGAACCACUCGAAAAUUAUUGUUGCUCAAAUAAAUAAACAAAUGCCACGAACAUUUGGCGAUGCCUGCAUUCAUUCGUCACACUUCGAUUUCGCCGUCGAGGUCGACUCACCUCUGCCGCAACACGGCGGCAAGCCACCAAGCGAAAUUGAAAACAAAAUUGGCAAGUUGAUUGCCGAUAAUUUGAUUUGCAAUGGUGCCACUCUGCAGAUGGGCAUCGGUAAUAUUCCGGAUGCUGUAUUAAAUGCUUGCCACAAUCACAAGGAUCUUGGUAUACACUCGGAAAUGUUUGCCAAUGGCGUGGUUGAUUUGGUGAAGAAAGGCUGCGUAAACAAUAGCAAAAAGAAAAUGCAUCAGGGACGCAUUGUCGGAUCGUUCUUGAUUGGUAAUCAAGCUUUGUACGACUUUGUCAAUGAUAAUCCAUUCAUUGAAAUGUACGCAAUCGAUUAUGUCAACAAUACCAGCAUUAUAAAGCAGCAACCAUGCAUGACUGCCAUUAAUUCAGCCAUUGAAGUGGAUCUCACUGGCCAAGUGUGCGCUGAUUCGAUCGGUACGCGAUUUUUCUCAGGUUUUGGUGGUCAAGUGGACUUUAUUCGUGGUGCAGCUGAAGGGCUUGAUGGAAAAGGUGUACCGAUCAUUGCACUGCCCUCCGUAACCAAUAAGGGUCAGAGCAAGAUUGUGCCCAUAUUGCAACCAGGAGCGGGUGUGGUCACAUCACGUGCUCACGUUCAUUACGUUGUUACCGAGUAUGGUAUCGCUUCACUAUUUGGCAAAAAUAUGCGUCAACGUGCCUAUGAACUAAUUAAAAUCAGUCAUCCUGAUCAUCGUGAAAAACUCGAAAAAUCGGCAUUCGAGCGCCUUAAAGUGAUGCCAUCUUGCUAAACAUAUUUAACACAACAAUUUUAGACUUGUUAGCGUAGCACGUUUAAUGCAUAUACACAUGAAUGUAUGUAUGCAUUUAUAUGUACAAAACAGCCGAAUGGAAAGUGUAGCUAUACUUCAUUCGAAAGGAGUGUUGAGAUGUACUAUAUAUGUAUGUACCAACCUUUUAUGUAACAAAAAAGCUAAUUAUAAUUAUUGACGUAAAUAGAAUAAUUGUUCUACAACACAGCUACACAUACUAUUGAGUGCAAAAUUUAAUGGUUAAGAAAUUCAUUUCGAAAAUUGUUGAGUUGCAAUCAAAAAUUAGGAAAAAAAUUGUAUUUACAUACGUAUUGUGAAAAAGGUAACACAAAAUUAUAUGUGUAUCAUUCACAAAAUGGCACAUCGGCAUUUACCCAAUGCAGACAGUUUGGAAAAAUGUUACUAUUAGAUACAGAAAUAUUCAAAUAGUCUAGUUACAAAAAUAUUAAAGAGAAACGGAAUAUGUACUGCAAACGUAUUGCAUUCGAUAGACUCGAUUUACAUACAUACGUAUUAUUGGAUUUAAAGCGAAAUUUUUUUAUGGAUACUACAGAAUAAAAUAAAACAUAAUAUAC